AUGAUGGAUCACGCACGGCCCACGCUUAAAAGCGCCAUGCUGAUGACCACGCUCACAGAGGUCGAGAUGGCCACGUCGCAUAUUUUUCAAGACGCCCAGAUGACGCUUCUGGGCCAUAGAAAGCUAGCGGUGGUGCUUCGAAACGUCCAGACAAGGGCCAUUGAGCUCGAUUACGAGGAGAGUUUUAACUUCCAUUUCACAAAGCUUGUGCUGAAGGUAUUGAAAGUGCGUAAGGGUGUCCCUGCAGCCGACAGAAUAGCCAAAUUCGUUACGGUGUUUGUGAAGAAGAUGAUAGAGGAUGAGGCCGCAAAACCGUCUCGUCCGGCCGAGGAUGAAGACGGCGUGCCCACGGUCUUUGUGGAGUUCUUGCUACGCCACCUCCUUCGUGGCACGGAGCUGAAGUUCAAGGACGUGAGAUACAGAAUCACCCAGUUUUUGGCGUACUUGGUCCAUACUGUUCCUGAGAUCGAUGAGGAUCUCUACAAGGCGCUUGAGUACACUUUACGUAGAGGCUUGCGCGACAAAGAGCACAUAGUACGACUUCAGGCUGUGGUUGCUAUGUCUGUUUUCCAAUUGCAAGGAGGUAAUGACCAGAAGCCCAAUCAUGCUGUCAAGGCCAUUGUCAGCGCCAUGAACCACGACGAGUCUCCCGAAGUGCGCCGGGCUGCCAUGCUCACAGUGACGAAGAAUAAAUAUACUAUCCCAGAAGUGCUACGCCGUGCUAGAGAUACAAAUGCCAUUAACAGAAGAUUGGUCUACGGGAGAGUGUUCAUGGAAAUCGGCAGUCUCAAAGACGUCGACGUGGAGUUGCGUCAGAGUCUUCUUAAGUGGGGCCUACACGAUCGUGAGUCAUCUGUCAAAGAGGCGGCAACGAAUAUGUUCACGAAAUCAUGGCUCUCGAUGGCUGACGAUAAGAUCUUGGCACUUUUAGAGCGCCUCAAUGUCGUUGACAGUGAUGCUGCUGAAAGCGCAAUGACGGCCUAUUUUGAUAAGCAUCUGGAGUCCCUAGAUAAAGUCGAAUUCACUGAACAGCAGUGGAGAGAACUUGAUUCUGAAAGAGCGUUCUACAUCAGAACGUUUCUCGACUACUGCCACACCCAUAAUCUCUAUAACAAGCUCGAUAGAAGUCUACCGGAAAUGACGGUGCUAGCGUCUUAUUUGAGUGACUACUUGAGACUCCGAAUGAAAAUCAUUGAUGGAGACCAAGAACUCCUCGAUGAGUACACUACAUUCACGAAAAAAAUGGCUAGAUUUGACCAACACAUUCUCGAGAAAGAGGCUGACCAAGCUGAUUUGAUGCGCAGAAUAUCUAAAAAUGAAAAAGCUGUUACUCUGGGACAAAGUCAUCUUGAGGCCUUGACAGAAUUAAUUAAACGUACCAAGCACGAUUUGACACAUUUCGCUACCAAAAAGGCUGAGCUACAAAAAGCAGGCGCAGAAACCGCUGGCCUUAAUGAAAAAAUUCUGAUUUCGAAGGCGCGAGUCAAGGAGUCAGAGAAGGAGCUCGAAGAGCUACAGCAGCGUCUUGUAAAAAUUAGGGAUCUUUUACUGAAGGAUGAGGAUACCUUGAAUAAAAAUUUGAAGGCUUUACAACAUCUUGAAGAAGAGAAGGAGUCGUACUAUGAGUCAGCGAGUGAUAUUCCUAGGAAGUAUAAAAGUUUUGGCGAACGAAUGAAGCAUCUCGAAUUUAUUAUCGAGCAGCUACUUCUUGUCAUCAAGCGAAGCGACUUCGCUGACAUUGCUGGCACUAGGAAAUUGCAACCAUUGAUCUCGCAAGCUAUUACGAUUCAUAAAUUACCAGAUAAGCUCAUCAUCUUAUGUGUGCAAAUAUUACGUCAGCUUUCCAACGACGAGAAUUAUUUCUCAAAUUUGUGCAUCGAAAUCAUCACCGAUAUUCGUGACUCCGGCAUGGACGAAAAUGAUCAAACAUUUGUGUCGGCAGCAUCUCUCUUUGGAGAAAAUGAGGAUGACGAAGAAGACGACGCUGACCUGCAAUCUAAUGAAGAGGCUAACAAAAGAAGGAAGAUUGCGCCCUCGCUUCCUUCAGAGGACUUGCUAAUUCAGUGUCUUAUGGUGCUUCAGCACUACUUAGAGCUUUUGGAAGACUCUGUCUCGAGCACGCACCAGUUUGAUUCCCUUAUUGAGACAUUGAUACGUCCAGCUAUGUGUAGCACAAACUGGGAGGUCAAAAGAUUAGGCGUGAGAUGCUUAGGGUUAGUUUCGUUGCUUGAUAACUAUCUUACAUUAAAAAAUUUGAGAAUUUUUGGACAAUAUGCGUCAAAAAGUGCCGACGAGAAGUUGAGAAUCCUAGCAAUCCAAGUGGUUUUUGACCUUCUCUCGACCCAUGGUGUUGGUAUUCUCGGUGGGGAUUCGGAGUUUGCAGUCGAUGCACUCUCUCUUGCAAGGCUCUUCCACACGAUGUUGAGAGAAUUUGAUCAUCCUAAAGUGCAAGCCGUCGUCGCUGAGGGUUUGUGUAAGCUAUUCCUCGCAGAUCUAAUGCCAGACUUUGGCAAGGAUGACGUGGUCGAAGAUGAAAACGAAGAAAUGGACUACGAGGGAUCGCUCUUAAGGGCACUUCUCAUUGCAUACUUCCAUCCACUUAAUGCUCAAAACCAGGAACUUAAGCAGAUAUUAGCAUUUUGCAUCCCAGUGUACUCAUUUAGUCAUCCAAAGCAUCAAUCGAAGGUCAGCAGCGUUAGCGGAGACUGUUUCUACGAGUUGUUUAAUACCAACAGUAAAUUUCAAUCGUUUGAUAGAUUAAUGCUGCCAAGCACAGUGCUUCAGCAAUUCAUUUACUGGAGUGAUCCCAGAGAAAUUGUCAACAUUGGAGAGGAAGACUACAAAAAAAAUGCAGCGCACCUCUGGCAGGUGAUGAAAUUCUUGGAAAUAAUAGAGCAGGACUCACCCAAGAAUAUCAAAAAGCUCAUCAUCUCCAACCUACCUAAGUUGUGUCUUCACAAAGAGAUUGGAGCUCCCCUUCUUCGGGGGUUGAAACAGGCGAUAAACGAUACCCUGGAGAAAAUUAGCGCUAGCCAGGAUAACUCUGACUUUGUUCUUGAUGCCCCUACAGAGAGAUUGUUUGAAAAGUUUCGGACUACUGUGAAUGAUCUUGUUGAAGCAGCAGAAGCAGACGAAGCAGAGGCGAGAGCCAGGACCCCUAAUAGGUCUCGCACGCCGUCUGUGCCUCGAGAAAUUCCGCCUUUAACCGGUGGAAAUUCCGAUCCUAUCAAUAGGGUUCUGUUCGCAGGAGCAACGCCAACGCCUGUUUCCAAAGGUAAUCCCGAUAAACGAGAUUUGGAGGCAGAGACACAGGAAUCUGCAAGGGACGACAAGGAAGAUGUGGAGAAGAGAAAGAUGCAAGAAAAAGAGCUUGCAGAGAUUGAUCAGCUACUUGAGGAAGAAGAGGCGGUCGACUACGAUAUCGGAAAGGAGACAAGAUGA